ACCUGGCCGGCCAAGGGCUCCAAACGGCUGGGCUGCGCCUCGGUCCUACGUCUAUGUCAGCCACAGGCGUUCCCCAACAGCAGCCUGAACUCUUUUGGUUCCUUCCAGGGCCACAAAACUCGUUCGGGAAACGCCACGUUGGUAAAGCGGCUUUUGUAUCCCAGGCUUACCAGUAACUCAUGCAAUAAGAGGCACAGAUCAUUUCAAUCAUUUCCCUUCUCCCUCACUUUGAACAAAACGAGCGGAGAGAAAGGAUGGCAAAGUCAAGGAAUCCGGAGGGAAAAGAAGCAGUUCCAACCGCUAGCUUUGAGUUUGAGCCCUUCGGUCGCCUCCCGGCCGAGAUUCGAACAAGUAUUUGGAGCGCUGCUGCCUCCCUGCCGAUAUGCACGCCAGGGGUCUGCUUCUUCGCCGAACGGGACAAAGCCUCGGAAGAGGAACCCCGCCUCCUCGUACAAGAACCGCGCAACAAGGCCUUGUUGGAAACGAAUACCGAGGCGCGCGACGUAGCCUUGAUGUCCGGGGGACCAACUCGCACCUACGACCCCGACAGGGACAUACUGUACAUCAGCGAAGAUCAGAUAGCCUUCAAGCACUUCAUCAACGGCCCAGAAUGGGUUACCAAGAUUCGGCAUCUCGCAAUCGCCUUCUCAUGGACGACAUGGGGGUUGCACAUCUCCAUUGCCAUGAGGAGGCUCCAUUCGCUCGAGACCCUCUCCAUCGUGUGGCCGGACUCGUCUGGCACCUUUGACUUCAGGGCUUCCGUCGAGCUCCCGGCCGACAAGAGCGCACCCCUCAGGCGCUUGACUGAGGAGGAGCUCAGGGGGUUGACCAUCGAGGCCGACUUCAUGUCCAGCACGAGUACGGGUGAUUUCCAAGUUCAGUGGAGCGAAAGCGGGUUGGAGAAUAUGAAGCGGGUAGAGGAGCAGAUGGACGUCUAUUGCUCGCCGGAGGAAACGGGUGACCACCUCUCGCCUCUGUGGGAUUCCGGCGCGAAUCGGCUCAGGCUUCGGUACGAGGGGAGGCACUUCCAACCCGUACCCGCACAAGCCAAGUUUCAGAGCCUGAGAUAGAAGAGCUGCUAGGUAGCGACCCCUUGGACCGUUUUCUAUGAUCUCGAUAGAGUUUGAUCGAUCCGGCGAAAGCCCACGAGACACCCAAUAAUGAGGGG